AUGGCGGACCCGCGAGUGCUCAACAUGGAUGCUUUCACACCCACAACGCACACUGGCAUCACGCCCAUGCUCGACCCGGCCACCAACCACCUGAAGCGCCCAUUCACAGUCUGCGUGAUUGGCGCGUCGGGGGCCAUUGGCGCCGGAGUCGCCCAGUCAUACGCGAGCGCUGGCUGCAGCGACCUCAUUCUUGCUGGGAGAGACCUGGACAAGCUGAGCGCCGUCGCCAAAUCGCUUCCCGGAAGCAUCUCGACACACAUCCAGCACUGCGACAUCGCGGUCGCGGACUCUGUGUGCGCGCUCGCCGAGUUCAUAUCCUCAGCUGUUCCAUCGCUCGACGCACUCGUCCUGGUGAGCGGCAUCUCCGGCGCCGUCGAACUGCGCAUCACUGAUGGAUCGCCGGCGGACGGUGGCUGGGCUCAGGUGUUUGGCACCAACACUCUAGGCACAUACCACGUCGCCCACUACUUUGUGCCGCUUCUGCUCAAGUCCGAGACCAGGGCGUUCAUGGUCGUCGGCUCAAUUGCAGCCUGCAUCACCAAGGGCAUCAUUGCCAACACGAAAUACUGCGUUAGCAAAUUCGCGCAGGCGCGGAUUGUUGAGUCGGUCGCUGCGCAGUUCAGCGACGAAGGGCUGUUGGCCGUCAGCGUGCAUCCAGGCGCGGUUGAAAGCGCAAAUGCCGUGGCGAAUGCCCCUGCAGAGUUUCGCAAAUACCUGACGGACGACCCUGAUCUAUGCGGGGCAUUCUGCGUCUGGAUAACCCAGGAUCCCUCCCGGUUUCGCUGGCUCAGUGGCAGGCUGGUUAGUGCUACGUGGGACCCAGAAGAGCUUCUGGCGAGGAAGGACGAGAUUGUCAAAGGCGACUUACUUAAAUUCGAGGCCAGGACUACAUUGGAUCAAUAA